AACAAUAUGGCUCAUAUUAGUUUCGCUUUAAAGAUUUGCCAGCUGGCACUGGGACUGCUCAUAAAUUCAUUUCAAGCAACUUCCAUACAAAAUAAUGAAUGCCCACAACUGUGUGUCUGUGAAAUAAGACCCUGGUUUACUCCUCAGUCAACCUACAGAGAAGCUCCAACAGUUGACUGCAAUGAUCUUCGUUUAACAAAAAUCCCCAGUAACCUUUUCAGUGAUACUCAAGUCCUUCUCUUACAAAGCAACAAUAUUGCCAAGACCACAGAAGAACUCCAACAACUUUUCAAUUUAACAGAGUUGGAUUUUUCACAAAAUAAUUUUACUAGCAUAAAAGAUGUGGGAUUAUCAAAUCUGUCUCAGUUAACCACUUUACACUUGGAGGAAAAUCAGAUCACAGAGAUGACAGAUUAUUGCCUACAAGACCUGUGCAAUCUACAGGAACUUUAUAUCAACCAUAAUCAAAUCAGUACAAUUUCUGCAAAUGCAUUCUCAGGCUUGAAGAAUCUUCUAAGACUUCAUCUUAAUUCCAAUAAAUUAAAAGUUAUUGAUAGUCGUUGGUUUGAUUCUACACCUAAUUUGGAAAUUUUGAUGAUUGGAGAAAAUCCUGUGAUUGGAAUACUAGAUAUGAACUUCAAAUCACUGUCAAAUUUAAGAAGUCUAGUUCUGGCUGGAAUGUAUCUGACUGACAUCCCUGGAAAUGCUCUAGUGGGCUUGGAUAGUCUUGAAAGCCUCUCAUUUUAUGAUAACAGGUUGGCUAAAGUUCCUCAGCUUGCACUUGAGAAAGUCCCAAAUUUAAAAUUUUUAGAUCUUAACAAAAACCCAAUCCAUAAAAUUCAAGAAGGAGAUUUCAGAAACAUGCUUCGGUUGAAAGAACUUGGGAUUAACAACAUGGGAGAGCUGGUGUCUGUUGAUAGGUAUGCACUAGACAAUCUUCCUGAACUUACAAAGCUUGAAGCAACCAAUAACCCAAAGUUAUCUUACAUACAUCGUUUAGCAUUUCGGAAUGUUCCUGCUCUGGAAAGCUUGAUGCUUAAUAAUAAUGCCUUGAAUGCGGUCUACCAAAAAACAGUGGAAUCCCUUCCAAAUUUGCGGGAGAUUAGUAUUCACAGUAAUCCACUCAGGUGUGACUGUGUCAUUCACUGGAUCAACUCAAACAAGACCAAUAUUCGUUUCAUGGAACCCUUAUCAAUGUUUUGUGCUAUGCCCCCAGAAUACAAAGGACAACAAGUAAAGGAGGUAUUAGUACAGGAUUCCAGUGAACAGUGUCUUCCAAUGAUUUCACAUGAUACUUUCCCAAACCAUUUGAAUUUGGACAUUGGCAUGACUGUCUUUUUGGAUUGUCGGGCUAUGGCAGAACCUGAGCCUGAGAUUUAUUGGGUUACUCCACUUGGGAAUAAAAUAACUGUGGAAACUCUUUCAGACAAAUAUAAGGUUAGUAGUGAAGGCACACUGGAAAUAUCAAAUAUUCAGAUGGAGGAUUCAGGACGAUACACGUGUGUAGCUCAAAAUAUAGAAGGUGCAGAUACAAGAGUGGCUACUAUAAGAGUGAAUGGAACACUUCUUGAUGGUACUCAGGUGCUGAAAAUUUAUGUCAAGCAAGCGGAGUCUCAUUCCAUCCUAGUUUCUUGGAAAGCUAACUCUAAUGUUAUGACAUCUAACUUAAAAUGGUCAUCUGCAACUAUGAAGAUUGAUAACCCACACAUUACAUACACUGCAAGGGUCCCAGUUGAUGUGCAUGAAUACAAUCUUACCCAUUUGCAACCCUCCACAGAUUAUGAAGUCUGUCUCACGGUAUCUAAUAUCCAUCAGCAAACUCAGAAGUCUUGUGUAAAUGUUACUACAAAAAAUUCAGCAUUUGCCCUUGAUAUUACUGACCAAGAGACAAGCACAGCCCUAGCUGCAGUCAUGGGAUCCAUGUUUGCUGUUAUUAGUCUUGCCUCUGUUUCUGUCUAUGUUGCAAAAAGGUUUAAAAGGAAAAAUUAUCAUCAUUCAUUGAAAAAAUAUAUGCAAAAGACCUCUUCUAUACCUUUGAAUGAACUCUAUCCCCCACUUAUUAAUCUCUGGGAAGGUGACUGUGAAAAAGAAAAAGAAGGCUCGGCAGAAACCAAGCCAACUCAAGUGGACACAUCCAGAAGCUAUUAUAUGUGGUAACUCAGAUAAUAUUUUGCUUCUGGUAGUAAGGAGCACAAAGACUUUUUUGCUUUAUUCUGCAAAAGUGACAAGUUUGAAGACUUGUAUUUUCUGACUUUGCUAGUUUUGUGGCAGAGUGGUGAGGACAGGUGGAUAUUUCAAUUUUUUUUAGUAUAGCGUAUCGCAAUUGUUUUCACACAAAAAUGGCAGCUUCACCUAGCUUCCAAUUUUUUACUUGUGCUUAAUUUAACAAAGUUGAUCUAACUAUUAUAAAAUUAAAGGCUAGGAUUGCCCUUUGAUUUUCAAGUCGCUUGAUCCCCUUUCUUCUGAAGCCAUCAACAGGAAGUACAGUAUCCUACAAAAUCUUAAUGAUUCCAACUUGAAAAUACAUUAAACCAGCCUUGUCAUAAUCUGGUCUAAGGACUCUUUUAAACUUGAGAUAAGAUGACAAGAUUUUGAACAGUUUUAGUUGGCUGUACUGUAAUGUUGUAUCAACUGAUUUGAAUGUUUUUGACUAUGAACAAUUGAUUUUUCUUUUUUAAUAGUUGAAAAAAACUUAGGUAAAGCUAACAAAACAAUUAAAAUAUGUACACUUUUUCAAUGUAACAAACUAAAUGUUAAUUAUCUUUUAUUAUAUUUAGUAGAAACUUUAAAUAAUGUAGUUUUUUCUGUGUAAUCCACCAACACCUGGCAUAGAAUGAA